UCUCGGAAUUACGAAGCGCGACAUCCUGUCUGGAGCAGCUGUUGUACUGAAACGCUUUACAGAGCGAUUAUUCGACUAACGGCAGUUACAUAACUAGUGUAAGUGCUACAGUUAUUAGUAGAACAAUAAUUGAUAAUUCUGAACGGAUUUCUUGAGAAAGCGCCGUCGGUCUUUCGGACCACAGGACAAGAUGGUGAAUGAACAAAAACUCCGCCGAGCGAUCAUGUUUACAGCAUGCUUCAUUCUCGUUCGCUCGGGAGUUGGCAGUGGUGAGAAAUGCGGAGAUGUUUUCACCAAAGCCCCGUCGUCUUGUUGUCCUACAAAGUUCCUUCCCUCCUGCUGCCCACCUCCACUCACUAAACCGUGUAACUCAUCGGCUACUAUACGUCCUCUCAAACCCCAGUCUGGUGUUCGCGUAAAACCAUUCUGUAUGAAACCGGAGAAUUCAACGGCUUGUGAAGCGGGAUUUUACCUCAACAGUGAGACAAAACAAGUUGAGCCGUGUCCAGAUGGGUUUUACUGUGGCCAGGACCGAACCUGUAUUAUACCAUGUCCGUUGGGAGCAUACUGUGUCAAGGAUAAACUGGUCGACUCCACAAAAAAGUCACCAGAAUUAUGUCGUGAUAGUGGAAAAUGCUGCAGUCCUUCCCAGUCCAUCCCUCUGUUUGAUACAUCCCAUUCGCCUGCAAAGUUCAUAUGUCCUGGAGCCAAGGAACCAGUCUCCUGUCCAAGAGGAAGUUAUUGCGAGAAGGUCACCAUCAAGAAGACGUGCCCUGGAGGACAUUUCUGUCGGAAUGGAACUGUAGAGCCGCAAAAUUGCCCGUUUCUUUCUAUAUGCAAGAAGGGUUCUUCAGCUCCAGAGAGUGCCGUGGCUGGCAUCGUGUUAAUCUUAGUAAUUCUGGGGCUGAUGUUGUUGCUUAUGUACUGUUUUAACCACGAGGAACGACUCACGCUUCUGUUUCAACGUCAUGUGGUACAGCGAUGUCAUGAGAUUAAGAAACCAAAAUUCAAAAUUCAAGACAAAUUAAAGCGCAUGGCUUCGUUUUUAACUAUGGUGGAAAAAUAUCGAGAAGGAGCGUCGCCUAAGAAGCAAACCAUUACCAUCCGCUUUGAAAAUCUCAGCCUCGUUCUCAAGAAGACAAAGAAGGAUGUUCUUCAAGGCGUCACGGGUCAGUUGCUUCCUGGGGAAGUAACCGCUGUCAUGGGUCCCUCGGGAUCCGGGAAAACGACCCUACUUAACACGCUGUGUGGAAAGGCAUAUUAUGGGAAACGUGGUGGUCGUCUUUACAUUAACGACAAAGAAGUCAACGACUUGGGUGUUUAUAGAAACAUUACUGGAUUUGUCCCACAGGAAGAUGUGAUGCACAGAUCGCUAACGGUAAAUGAAGUGUUAAUUUAUCAAGCAAAUCUCAGGCUCCCGUCCACGAUUUCAAAUGAAGAAAAGAGGAGACGAAUUCAGGAGGUUUUACAGCUUCUCGAUCUCAAAGACGUCAAGAAUACAAAGAUCGGCGAUGAGGAAUCAAGAGGUAUUUCUGGAGGUCAAAGGAAGAGGGUUAACAUUGGCAUGGAACUGGUGACUGAUCCAACAUUACUCUUUCUUGAUGAGCCCACAAGUGGUCUGGACAGCACGUCGAGUUUGAUGGUUGUAGAUGCUUUGAAGGCGGUCGCGGAAGAGAGAAAGUUGACAAUUGUUUGCGUCAUUCAUCAGCCAAGAUACGAAAUAUUCAGUAAAUUCCACAAAGUUCUUUUCCUUGCCCCUGGCGGCAAAACCGUUUUUCAAGGAACGGUACCUGGAGCAGAAAACUAUUUUGAACGCUUUGGCAUUGAUAAGCCCGAUAAAGUAAACCCAGCAGACUUCUACAUGGACGUCAUUGGUGGAAUGUUUGACAGUAAGGAAUCUGAGUCUACCCCUUUACCCGAGCAGUGGGAGCAGUACGCGUCCCAAAAUAGCGCGGGUGCGGAAAGAGUUGAGAAUGCUACUGGAGCUCCAGAUAGCCCAGUUACGAGGCAAGCUGAUGUGACGUUGGAACUUUCGUUUGACCCUUCAGCUGACAUUUUGAUUAAAGAAAACCAAGAUCAGCAAGACCGAGCGAUGCCCAAUUUCCUGAUCCAGUUCUUCACUUUCCUUCGCCGUGAAAUUCGUCUUCAGUUCCGCUUGUCCCGUUCUCUUCUUCUGGAUCAGUUCCUGGUGUUACUUGCUGGAGGUACCCUGGGGGCUCUGAGAAAAGAGGCUCCACUCGACGAGUUUUUCACGCUUGUCACUCUCAGCUCUCUAGCAAUUGGUUUGACCGCCAUGUUAUCAUCGCUGAGGUGUUUUGGAAGCAAUCGGGCUACAUUCUGGCGGGAAGCAGCCUCUGGUGUCAACAGAGUCAGCUACUUCGUGGCUGUCAACGUCGCUCAGAUUCCCAUAAUCCUUAUCACUCCCCUCGUCUACCUGAGCCUGCUGUACCCACUGGUCUCACCAAGAGGUUAUUUUCGAUUUCAUUAUGCCGCCACGCUCGGAGCUCAGUUUGCCUGCACCGGAGUGGGAUACUGUAUAUCCGCCAUCUUCAACCCUAAGAACUCUCAAAUGGCGUCCGUCACCUUCGCGCUGAUUUGUUCUCUUGUGUCAGGCAGUUCUCCUACGCUGUGUAAAAUGGACGGCUACUCAUUUUUUGGGCCGUUGCUGUACAAUCUAUCCUACUGUCGCUGGUAUUUGGAAGCGUUGUUCGAAAAAGAAGCUCUUCGUUACCCAGACGUCCUAGCGCUAUAUGUCCACCGGCUGUCCACAAGGAAUGGAUACACGUUGGAUAAUUACAGCACAUGCGUGGGAGUUUUGUUUGCCAUGGGGUUGGUCUACCGCGGGCUAGCGUUGCUGUUUAUGUUAUUUACAAAUAGGGGGAAGCAGCAGUGAAUAAAAUUUACUAAGCGUGCUUUGGUGUGGUUUAACUUAUAGCUGAGAGCUGGCCACGUUUUUAACUGUUAGCUGAGAUAUGUAGUAUUCUAUACUGACUGCUGUUAUAGUUAAGAAGAAGGGUGUCAAUGGGGUAUAGCUCAAGUCAGUAAACAGCUUAGAAAAGGCCAUUUAGUCAGUAAACUGUUAGGAGAAAUGGAUUUAGUCAGUAAACAGCAAAAAAGUAGAUUAGUUAAUUUUGUAUGUUUUUAUGACUUUAAUGAACUGUAGAUGAUAUCCGUUUGCAAAAUAAAUAAUGAUUGGUGAUUGUUUUUAGAAUUAUUGAAAAUGAAAUUUGAAAAUUGAGUAUUUUGUUCUCUGUAUUACGCCACUCGGAACUUUGGUAAAAAUUUGUAUAUCAGUAAUGGCUGCCAUGUUUGCAAAGAAGCGAAGGGAGAAGCCUGGAAUCGGUAACUAAAACUGCAGGCAGAGGCAGUGCUCAGGCUCGGAAUGUGUUACGAAAUAAGACUGAAUCAGGGCCAAACUCCAACAGGACAGACAACCGUGUCAGACGAGGUCCACAAUUGUCAGACGAGGUCAAAGUAAAGGAAAAUUUACAUUUGUAUCUCAAAAAUGUUGUUAUUUGGCCGCCAGUACCGCAUACGCUAAAAAGUCGAUCAUCUUUGAUAUGUUAGUCAGUUCAUAUUUUGUUGUUUAUACGGUUACGAUAGCCAAAGAAAAA